CCAUAUGCAAACGAACGGAAAACGGUCGGAACGAGCACUUAUCACGGGCACGUUGUCAACAGGCAGUCGGUGAGAGUACGCGGGGAAAGAGCGAGAGGAGUGAAAGAACGACGUUCAACCUCCGUCGGACUGGAGCCGUUCUGAGAUAGGCGGCGGCACUCGGCUCUGCGUGGGCAACACGGCACUGAAGUUGGUAACGAGUUCCGGUCGAAGACUUACGCGCACGCGCACUGCACGUACACGAACACACACAUACGUGCGCGCGCGAGCCCGAGCCGCUCGUGUUGUACACAACAAUAACACAAUAUAUUCUUGUUGUAGUCUCGUUUCACGUCGCUACCUGUUAAGAAUAUUGUAAUCGUUCUCGUUAUUGGUGUCCUCGUCGCCGCGAUCAUCGUCGUUUGUGCAAGUUCGACUCGCACCCGAUCGUCAUGACCAAUGUCCCCGGCGGGUAUCCGGCCGCGACGUCGUCGACCACUGUUCGAACAGUCCCUCCGCACGUCGGUUAAGGGCAUCGAUAUGAAUACGUUUAUCUCGUGACCAUCAACCGAACGGACGGGAAAAAAAAUAAAAUAAAUAUCGAAAAACAUGCGAUGCACGGAUGAGAUGGUUUAUGAUUUUUACAAGUCCUAAACUCGAUUCGGUUACCGUACACUUUCGAUUGGUACAGAUUAAUUAAAUAAUAUAGUAUAUCAUGACAAUGAUGUACAUGAACUUAAUCAGCUAUUUAUGAUGAAACUAUUUAAAAAUUGAUCAAAAAUCUGACAAAUACAAAAUUAAAUCCAAAACGGCUGCUAAAAAUUUGAAGUCUUCGUUAAAUGGUAGUUUUGGAUCUUUUAGAUCAAAUAGUGUUAUGAUGGGCGAUGUGACUGCAGAAAGUCCUCCUGCUGAUGAAUUAAAUAAUUCCGGUUCUUCUUCAUCAUCAUCUGAUUCUGAUGGUGAAUCAAGUAGUUCUUGUUCUAGUUCUAGUUCUUCUUCAUGUUCUGAGAAUCCAAAAGUCCAAUGCACUAAUUCCAGCUUGCCUGAUUGUGAUGAAGAUAUUCCUCAAUCAAAUGGCCAAUCAGAUUGGAUUGUUUGUCAACUUUGCCUUCACAAGGUUAAAACACAUUUACAAUUGAAACAACACAUGCGCAUGCACACUGAACAUAAAAUACAUCGCUGUGCAAUUUGUAAUAAAUCAUUUGAACAGGCUACUCGGCUAGAAAAACAUAUAGCUAUACAUUGUGGUACAGAUUCACAAUUUGAGUGUGCAAUUUGUGGAAAAGUGUAUAAACUUCGUACUCAAAUAGUUAGUCACAUAGCAGCUCAUAAAAAACAAAAUGCUGGACGUCGUAUAUCUUAUACUUGUCAUAUUUGCACUAAAAAGUUUUCAAACAAGUCAAAGCUAAAGGAACAUGUAUCUGGACAUGAAAAUGGAACAUUACAUUCGUGUGAUGUUUGUGGUCGAACAUUUAAAUUAAAUUCAUAUCUUAUUGUACACAAAAGAACACAUGAGAUGAAUGUAUCUUAUACAGGAGAUAAACCAUUUGUGUGUUCACUGUGCAACAAGUCAUUUUUAAGUAAAAGUAACCUAGACCUACACAUGUUAGUACAUAAUUAUGUUAAAAAAGCAUCAUAUAGCUGUGACAUAUGUGGGAAAAUAUUUAUGCGCAAAUAUAACUAUGAUGCUCAUGUUAAAAUACACCAAUAGUUUUUAAGUUUUUACUAUUUAAGUUAUUCUUAUUGCAACCUAAUUUUUGUAAGCACACAAGCCAUUAUUAUUCAUAAAAUUUAAAUUUUUUUUAUUUUUGUGAAUUUUUACUAUGGAAACAGAGGGCAUAUCUUUUUAUACACACAAACAUAAACAUUAAAAAAAUAUAUAUGUUUUAAGGGUGGCUUUUGAAUUAGAAUCCUAGGAAUUUUCAAAAUUAUUUGUAUGAAAUAAAAUUGAAUGAAAUAGAAAUUGUCCAUCAUAAUCCUUCAUAGAAAUAUAAGUUUGCGAAACAUAUAAGUUAAUAAAAGAAAAUUAUUUUAAAAGCAUUGCACAAAUUCCAUUGCUACUGUUAAAUGUUUUUAUAAGUGUUUUUAAUGUAAUUAUUAAAGAUUUUUAGCAUAAAUCUUAUCAGGAAAAAAUAUAU